AUUUGGUAACCGAUAAUAUUAUCAUUUAUUUACGAUUUACGUUAUUAUGAAGACUCGCUUAGCAUUUACGUAAUAAUAGUAUUAGAAGUUGAUAAUAUGAGCGUAUCAUCAUUUAUAAGUUCAACAAGAGGCAAGGUCAUAUUAGCAACGGUGGCUGCGCUUCACAUGACAAUAUACUUUGCCAAACCUUCAUUUUUCAAAGGCGAAAGUGCGACAAAAACUGAAGUUAUUCCACCAAGAUACUUGCCGGAGAAGUGAACAAACGGCCUUGAAUCUCUAGCGAGGCGUGAACGCGAACAAGGAAGCCGGUAACAACUGGAAAAUAACCUAUAGAGUAUUGAUGAUUUAUAAAAGACUAGUUUUGUCAGCGCCGUCUUUAGUCCGCGGUGUCGUUACUGCAAGAAAGAUGAGCUCCGGAAGGUAUCAGGUGUUUGUAACGCGCAAUGAUAUGCCGCAGGGUGGCAUAGACUUGCUUAAAAAGGAAUGUGAUGUAAAAAUGUCUACACAUCCAUCAACAAUGCCAAGAGAAGACCUUUUAAAAGCUGUGGCUGGUGUAAAUGGUAUCUUCUGUUCUCUAACUGACAAGAUAGAUAAGGAGGUGUUGGAUGCUGCUGGGCCAGGUCUGAAGGUCAUAGGCACUAUCUCUGUGGGCCAUGACCAUAUAGAUGUAGCGGAGUGCAAGAAGAGAGGUGUCCGGAUUGGAUACACUCCGGAUGUACUCACUGAUGCUACUGCUGAAUUAACUAUGGCACUCCUUCUUUCGACAUCACGCCGCCUCCCCGAAGCGCAGCACGAAGCGCGUUGUGGGGGUUGGAAGUCGUGGGCUCCCACCUGGAUGACAGGUCCCGGUUUAGCAGGCUCCACCGUCGGCAUCGCAGGCUUUGGCCGCAUCGGACAAGCCGUAGCACGUCGCGUCAAAGCAUUUAACACAAAGAAAAUCCUCUAUUUCAACCGCUCAGAACGACCUGAGGCCCAAGAAAUUGGCGCUAUUAAAGUUAGCUUCGAUGAGCUAUUAACGCAAAGUGACUUCAUUAUCUGCUGUGCUGCGUUAGUACCUGAAACUAAGGAAAUGUUCAAUAAAGCAGCUUUUGAGAAAAUGAAGAAGACUGCUAUAUUUGUUAAUACAAGUAGAGGGGGUACUGUUGAUCAGGAUGCCUUGAUUGAAGCGCUGCAAAAUAACACUAUUAGAGCUGCAGGGCUUGACGUCACUACUCCUGAACCAUUACCCUUAGAUAAUCCGCUUCUCAAGCUUACUAACUGCGUCGUACUACCUCAUAUAGGCAGUGCAGCCAUUGAAACAAGGAACACAAUGAGUGAACUCACUGCUAACAAUAUUUUAACUGCUCUCAAAGGUGAACCAAUGCCUGCAGAGUUGUGUUAAUCGUAUUAUUUUACUUAUUUAC